AUGGCGGGCCUCCAGACAUCAACCAUACGCGACCACGCGAUUCAACUUGAAGCAGUCAUACGCGCCUUGAAGGAAUACCAAGUCAAGCCAGUAGGCAAAAAUUGCACACCAAACUGGAAUAUGAUUGAACCACUACUCGAAAGCUUCAUCAUCUAUCUACAGAAGACACAGGACCUCCCAGCCAUAAGCGAAUUGACCGCUGCAGUCCACGCAAUGGCACGCGCUCAGCAGAUCCUCAGCAAAGAUGUCACGGAGAUCAAGAAGAUCCUCACAGCUCCUAUCAGGAAAUCAAGCACCCCCAGCUACGGACAAGUACUGAAGGACCCCUACAUAGUAAAGUCCACCGCACAGACAUGUCUAUCGAUGGGUCACCAGAAAAUCCUAGUCGAACCAUAUCCAACAGACAUAGAAACACAAGCUCAACGAGCAACAGCAGAAGAAAUUAAGCAAAAGAUAAAUAACGCUUUAACGAAUCACUAGAAUCCCGAUUUAAAGAAACACAGGUCUUAGCGGCGAAGUGGCAUCCUAGUGGGGACCUAACGCUCUUCACGUCUGACAGAGGGAG